CAAUUACCAUAAAUUCCACGCAAAACAUUUCUUCUUUCACAGAUAGUAAAAAUGAUUUUCCAUUUUUAUUCAAUAAAGGGUUUUUAGAUUGAAAGAGAGAAAAUCACUCCUCGACACACAAAGGAAAAGGGAAGGGAAAAAAAGGGGUGAAUUGAGAAAAUUCCAUUCAAUUCGAAGCAAAGGAAUUGGGGAUAUUGUUUUUCACGUAUGUAAUGCAUCAGAAGAAAUCGGAAGUUCAGAUCGGAAAAGAAAGCAGCGGCGUCUCUUCCGAUUUUAAUCCCAAACCUUCCACUGUUCAUCAUCAUCUGCCACUGCAUCACCAACAACCUUUUAAUUGUUACCAUCAACGUUUGCAACAGCAAUCCGAUACAACAGCGACCAAGACGACGCCGGUUUCUGUUUUCCCUCAGAUAAUUACUCAGAACCCUCCUCAAAAUGACACAAUUGCCCCUCCUCCGUCGUCUUCCUCUUCCUCUUCUCCGACGCCGUACAAGAGACCCCUUUUGACCCAAACGCGUUCUCUCACCAAAUCCCCAACUUUGUACCGUUUUACAACGCCCCCGCAUUUCAAUUCCCAAAAUACCACUUCCUUUUUUUCCUUUUCCGUGGCGGCUAAAUCCUCCGUUUAUCGAAUCCUCCGCCGUUUCAAGCACCUGCGUCGUCUUCGAGUUCACCUGCGUUUAAUCCUCCUUUUAUCUCUCCCUUUUUUCUACUUCCUAGUUUCACAUCCAAGCCACUCCUUUUUGCUUGACUUCCUCUCCGCUUUUGCUUUCUCCGCUGCCCUUCUUUUUUCCCUUAACCUCGCCCUCCCUCGCCUUCCUUCUAUUCGCUUGUUCUUAGCCCGUUCGUUUCCACUUAAGCUCAAGUCAUCAUCUGCACUAUCAAGGUCGCAUUUGCCAGUGUUUUGGUCAAUUGGGUCUCGGCCAAAAUCCGAAAAGAGAGCGAAUUCUGGGUGUUGGGUUCAAGUGUAUAGCAACGGAGAUGUUUAUGAAGGGGAAUUUCAUAAGGGAAAGUGUUCAGGGAGCGGCGUUUAUUACUAUUAUAUGAGUGGACGAUACGAGGGAGAUUGGGUGGAUGGGAAAUAUGACGGCUAUGGGGUGGAAACGUGGGCAAGAGGAAGCCGGUAUCGUGGGCAGUAUAGGCAGGGUCUCAGGCAUGGAUUUGGGGUUUAUAGGUUCUAUACUGGUGAUGUUUAUGGAGGAGAGUGGUCUAAUGGACAGAGUCAUGGCUGUGGAAUUCAUACCUGUGAAGACGGAAGUCGAUAUGUUGGGGAAUUCAAAUGGGGAGUCAAGCAUGGACUUGGGCAUUACCAUUUUAGGAAUGGAGAUACAUAUGCUGGGGAAUAUUUUGCAGACAAGAUGCAUGGAUUUGGUGUCUAUCGUUUUGCGAAUGGCCAUCGGUACGAGGGUGCUUGGCAUGAGGGUCGACGACAAGGGCUUGGAAUGUAUACGUUUAGAAAUGAGGAAACACAAUCUGGUCAUUGGCAAAAUGGAAUUCUUGAUGUCCCAAGCACACAGAACACUACAUAUCCUGUAUCUCCUGUAGCUGUUUAUCAUUCUAAAGUACUGAAUGUGGUGCAGGAGGCUCGAAGGGCAGCAGAGAAAGCUUAUGAUGUGGCCAAGGUAGAUGAGAGAGUGAACAAGGCAGUAGCUGCAGCUAAUAGAGCAGCCAAUGCAGCAAGAGUAAUAGCAGUUAAAGCAGUUCAAAAGCAAAUGCAUCAUAAUAACAAUGACAACAUUCCCAUUCCCAUUGUGUGAGGCUUCUGACAAUGGCUCAUUUGCCUUUGAAAAUACAUGAGAUAGCGGCAAGAGGAUGAUGGUUUAUGUUACUUUCUUUUCAAAUAGCUUUGUGUUUAAUACUGUCAUCUUCUUACAGUCCUCGUUCUUUCAUCAAGAGGCUGUAAUUUAACAUGCCCGCAUAUUCCAUCCCUGGCAUGAAGGAAGAUGGCUAAAGAGUUUCAGUCCUUUUAACAUAAAAAAGCAUGUAUACAUGCUGGGAAGAAAUUCCUAGUAUAGAAUUUGGGUGGAGAAAGAGGGAUAGAUUUGAUGAUGGAUUGGUGAUGGCACCAUUUUUCUAAUUAAUUUUAGCUCUUCUAUCUUGGUACAGUUACAGUUUUGUAAAGAUGAGCUAGAUGUAAUAUAAAUGCAGGUGAAACCUCAUUCAGUCAGUGUUGUAUGUGAACUUAAUUGGCUUUUGCAAUGAAGAAAAUUAUGCAUGUCUUGGUUUUUGUUCGUACUCGUUUGUCAGACUUGGGUAGUGUUGAAUGUCGAGUUGCUUCGGCAGCAGGUAAUAGUCAUGCUACAGAUGCUUUAGCGUUUUUCCCUGUAAAUUCGCAACAUUCUAGUACAAGUACUUGAUCUUAGCUCUCCAGGUGUCAUCUAAACAACUCUGUAGCUCCGUAGAAGGCAAAGAAAAGGCAUUGAACGAGUCUUCCGCUUCUUAGCGGUCGCAUAAACCUUAAGAAAGACAUUAAUAUUUAAGUUCGAAUCAAUUUUUUUUUUAAUGUAAUAAGACGUUAUCCUUUUAAAAAGCAAAAAAAAAAGCACUGAACGAGAUGUUUAAAUGCCAACUAUUACAACUGUGGUCUCGUAUCUUUUCAUCAUUACGUCUAGUUUAAUCACUAGUAUAUAUUUUCUGUGAGAAAUUUAUGACGUCGGGCAGAUAGCUGUUAUUAAACCAAUUUUGGUGAUUGAAAUUCAAGAGGCAUUUCUUAUUUCCUCGAUAAUCGUGAUCCAAGAAAGGAUCCAUGCAUCAACCAUCACAAGGGUAGAGAGAUCUCAGUUUUACUGAUUGCAAUCAAAUUUAGAAACUCGUGCAAUCUUCAGAACUUAAGCCUUUAUAAAUCAACUGCGAUCAGUGACCAAGCCACUAACAUGAAAUGUAGUGUAACCAUAAAAUAACAAGCUCUUGUCACCAAAACUGUUUCAAUCGAUUCAAGAGUACCCAAUAUCCCAAAAGGAAAAUCCAACUUAAAACAUUUGCUCGAGGCGGUAAAGUCAGAUCCAUAUAUCAAAACAGAAAAAAAAAAAAAAA